AAAAAAAGAAUUCCAGACAAGCAGCAGCAUGCGCCGCGUACUCUCGACGUCGCGCCUCCUCCGCGCGGGGCUGCUCCAGUGGGCCUCGCCCAUGCGCCUCGCUGGCCAAGGACCGUUCCGCGCAUCUUCUCAGCACCACCUGAGUGCACCGAGCGCCAAGACCUUUGUCUCCAAGUACUACGAGAUGGACGAUCACACGGUCAUCGACGACUUCUUGCGCCGGAAGGGCCUCGCACUCAAGGAGACGCCGACGCACUACAUUGUGCGCGACUGCCCGUUCUGUCAUGCGACAAAGGGCCGGCCAGACAACCUCUUCAAGCUCUACGUCGCCAAGACCAACGGCGUGUACCUCUGCCACCGGUGCGGCGCGAGCGGCAGCUGGUUUGCCUUUCGCCAAAAGCUCGGUGGCAACGAUGUCGUGCCGGCCGCGAUGGGCUACGCCGACUCGGCGCGCUACACGGAGGACGAGCCCAAGGUCAUCUCGGUGCUGGAUAACGCCAAGUCGAUUGCGCUCCAGCGCAAUUUGCACGACGACGACGACUGCAAGCACGUCCUCGACUACCUCACGAGCACGCGCGGCUUGUCGCCCGAGGUGCUAAAAAAGUCUGCGUCGGCGCGAUCGAGCAGCCCUUCUACGACGGCGAUGCGCAGUCGCACAAGUGGUGCGUGACGUUUCCGUGGAUGGCCCGCGACUCGGACCUCUCGCUCAUGGGUGUCGAAGCCGACACGAGCGCGGUUGCCGGCGACGCCAACCGCUUCAACGUCGUACGCCUCAAGGUGCGCGCGAUCGACGACAAGUCCAAGCAGCGGCUUGUGCCAAAAGGCGGGUCGUGGGGGCUCUUUGGGUGGAACACUGUGCCGACGGCUGCGACGUCGCUCGUUCUCACGGAAGGCGAGUUUGACGCGAUGGCCGUGCACCAAGCCACGGGGCUGCCGGCGGUGUCUCUCCCAAACGGAUGCCGGUCGCUGCCUCCCGCCGUGUUGCCACUCCUCGAACGCUUUAGCACGAUCUACCUCUGGAUGGACAGCGACGUGCACGGCCAAGACAGCGUCGAGAAGUUUGCGCUCAAGCUCGGCGUCCAGCGCACGUACAUUGUGCGGUCCCAAGCGAAAGACGCCAACGACGCGCUCCUCUCUGAGAUGAACCUCCAAUCGGCGAUCGACAAGGCGGAGCGCAAGCCACACGCACAGAUUGCAACCUUUGAUCAGCUCCGGCGCGACGUGCUCGAAGAGCUCUUGAACCCGCUGCGUGCCAGUGGUGUGCAGUCGCGGACGCUUCCGGCGCUCAACUCGUACAUGAAGGGGUUCCGCAACGGCGAAGUCACCGUGCUCACGGGCCCCACCGGUUGUGGCAAGACGACGCUUCUCAGCCAGCUAUCGAUCGACUGGUGCGCCCAGGGAGUGAGUACGCUCUGGGGCUCGUUUGAGAUCAAGAACACGCGCCUCGUGCACAAGAUGCUCACGCAGAUGGCGGGCGAGCCCCUUGCGUGCAAUUUGCCGCUAUUUGAGAAGACGGCGGACGCGUUCGAGCAGCUCCCCAUGUAUUUUUUGCGCUUUUUUGGCUCCACGGACGUGGACGAGGUCCUUGACGCGAUGGAGUACGCUGUGUACGCGUACGACGUGCAGCACAUUCUCCUCGACAAUAUUCAGUUUAUGAUGUCGGGCCAAGGCCGCGGCUACGACAAAUUCGAGCGCCAAGACGCGGCGCUUGACAAGUUUCGCAAAUUUGCGUCGGCCAAGAACGUGCACAUUACGCUCGUCGUACACCCGCGCAAGGAGCAAGACGAUACGGACUUGAGCCUCUCAUCCGUCUUUGGCACGGCCAAGGCGACGCAGGAGGCCGACAACGUGCUUAUUCUCCAGCGCAUCAAGGGCGAGAUGAAGCUCGAUAUUCGCAAGAACCGGUUUGAUGGUACGCUGGGGUCGAUCCCGCUGGCCUUUGACCCGCGCAGCAACUGCCUCCGCGAGCGCUACGCUACGACCAUGCCCGAUGCCGUCGCGGCCGUGGACGCCGAGCACGAAGUGCACCGCAUGCAGUGCGAUGUGUCGCCGCCGGUCACGUCGUAUGCGAGCGAGAUCAUUCUCGAGCCAACGACCCCGAGCGUCGUCGCGCCGCGCCAGGUGCAGCAUUUGAACGGACGCCACGACGUGGCCGACGAGGAAGAAGAGCCCUUCUCCAUGUUUACGCCCAUUAUUACCAAGUAGAUUCUUCAUUCGCGACGU